UCUUGUGAAUGGGGCCGAGGAGAUUUUUUGGCUCUGUUUUGUAUACGGUGUGGUCCCGAUAUUGGCCCAGUACAACUAAAGUAGACAAAAUGACACAGAUAUCGAGGUGUAUAAGUACCACUUGGCCGACUUGAUAUCAGCUUCAUAUAUCCUUUCUUCAAUUGCUUUAUAAACAACAACUCGUGCAUUCCAUACCAUCAAAAUCUAUCUUCCAAGAUGCCUUUCACUGAAUUUAUAAGACCUCCAAUUGUUCAAACAGAUGGCUCACGUGAUGCUUUCACCAACACUGUUGUUCCAGCAAUCAGAACUCUCAUAAAAUCAGCUCCUGGUUUCAUACUUGGCACUGCCGGACACAGCUUGUUCGAAGAUAAUGCCGCUGUACCAGAGUCUUCAUUCAUUCCAAUUGUGGGCAUAGAAUGGGAGAACCCGGAUUCAUUUCAUGGGCUUGUCCAGGGCGAACAGUUUCCAGUCUUCAUUGGAAAGAUAAAGCCAUAUCUUACUGCUCCAACAAGCCCAGAAUUAUACGAGACUAAUAUCUCACCAAAAGAUAUCUUCGCGUCCCCAAUAAUCGAAGUCUUUAGAAUCAACAUUCAUGAAGACUCUGAGAAAGAAGCGGCAGCCAAAAACACUUGGGAAGCAUUCGCAAAAGCAUUGAAGACUCCAAAAAUUCUGUGUGGUGUUAGUCUAAAUUUGCCAGAGAGAACAUUUCUGGGGCUGAUUGGCUGGAGUGGAAUUGAACAACGAAAACUGGCCAUGGAUGAAGCAGAGCACUUAAACCAGGCCAUUGAAAGUUUGAAGGAUUCAAACUCGUUUGUUGCUGAGCUCAAUACCGUCCUCUAGAUUUUGUUAUUGGAACAGGAAUAGAUUGC